UUCACCGGCCGACGCCGCGGCCACCAGCGGCGGGCGAAUGGGGGAAAACCUCCGGCGGAUUCACCGGGAACCCAUGGGAUGCCCUCUCCGAGCCGGGAUCCGGGGGCCGCUGCACUACUGCCUACGCGCAGCGGGAGCGGGUGCUCCGGUUCUACGGCUUGGCCGGAAGGCGGCGAGGGGAGCAAUCGUAUCGAUCCGUCCCCGCUUCUUUGGCGCCGCCUCCGCCGAUUGCGGUGGCUUUUUCAGGACCCCGCGAAGCAGCCAUUUCCAUCGGCAUCAUGGAGCUGCCUUUGAUGACUAGACUGGGGUCUUCACCUGAGGCUGGCGGCUGGUGCGCUGCCGGCCAAACCGCCCAUGGAUUUCGGUGGCUUUCCGCUUUGUCCCGUCUUUACGCUGUUCAGUUCUGAUCACUAUGGAAUUGGAUGCAAAAGUAGUCUAUUUAUAUUGAAUUAGAGUGAUUACUAGGGAAGUGGAUGCAAAAGUAGUCUAUUUAUAUUGAAUUAGACUGAUCACUAGGGAAGUGCUUGCAAAAGUAGUCUAUUUAUUGAAUUAUUGUUUGCACAACAAACCAAUUGUUUGCUGAGAGGAGAUUAGAACCAGUGCAUGAUCACUAGACUGGGGUCUUCACCUGAGGCUGGCGGCUGGUGUGCUGCCAGCCAAACCGCCCAUGGAUUUCAGUAUCUUUCCACUUUGUCCUGCCUUUAUGUUGUUCAGGGAGUGGAUACAAAAGUAGUCUAUUUAUAUUGAAUUAGAGUGAUCACUAGGGAAGUGGAUACAAGGAUAGUCAAUUUAUUUAUUUAAUUAUUGUUCACCCAACAAACUAAUCAUGUGUUGAUAGGAGAAAAGAACAAGUGUAUAUGAUUCUCCACUUAACCUCCACCACUUUCCCACGCUCCGUUCAACUGGAACUCGCUCGGCCAUUCUCCUGCUCGGUUCUUUGGCUUGCUUCAGAGUUUCCAUGGUUUUUUGUUCUGAGAGGAAAAAGGGAGUUUAGAUAUUGAUCAGAGGAUUUUUUUUAUCAUGGCCGAGGUUUCAGCAACAAGUGGUGUAGGAUGGAUUAUUUCGCCAAUCAUUCGGAAAAUGGUUUCUGCGGUGCGAUCGUAUAUAUCAAGCCAGUUCAGCUGGAAGUCUGAGAUGAUGUCCGAUCUCAAGAAUCUGGAGGCCACUUUGGUAGAUAUUCUCAUGGUGAUUGACAAAGCCGAAAAACAAAGUAGCAACGACAUUAGUCAAGUGAUGUCAUUGCACCAAAUGAAAGAUGCAAUCUGCGAAGCUGAUGAUUUCUUGGAUGAGUUUGAUUAUAUGGUCCAAGAAAAGAUUGAACAUCUAGGCAUGGCUUCUGCUGUUCUUUCUAUUGGCAAGCGUUUAGUUAGAAUUGAAAAGCUCAGAUCAAAAUUGCAAGAAGUUUUAAAAACAUUGGGCAGAGUUAGAUCUUCUUCAGGUAUGUUUGCUCAAGUUAUGGCAGGGGAGUCCUCUAGCUUCAGUCAUUCUCCUGACUGUGUCUCAACAAGAGCCACAGGACCUAUUUUGCACGAAGAUACAAUUUUUGGACGAACAAAGGAGAUUGAUGAACUAACCAGUCUGUUGGUGAGGGAAUGUGAUGAACAUUCAUGUUAUGAUGGACAAACAUUUAAUACAGUGGUGCACUCUAUUGUUGGUGUUGGGGGCAUCGGCAAGACUACACUAGCUCAAGCCAUUUAUAAUGAUGAGAGAAUAACAGAGACUUUUGAUCUGAAGAUAUGGGUUUGUGUCUCUAAUAAUUUUGACAAAACUAGAAUAAUUAAGGAGAUCAUAGCAUGUAUAGAUGGUGGAGAAAAUAUUGAAUUCACCAAUUUCAAUUUCAGCAUGCUGCAACAAAAGCUUCGACGUAGCCUGGAUUUAAAAAGGUUCCUUUUGGUGCUGGAUGAUGUGUGGUUCGAUGAGAGAUUUGGAGAAUAUAGGAAUAGUGAAAUGUGGAAGGAGUUGAUAGCUCCCAUAAAAAAAAUAAAUAUAAGUCCCAGGGCUCUAUACACAAAGAGGACAGGAAGCAAGAUACUACUGACAACCCGGGCAGAACUGGUAGCAAAAAUGCUAGACUCAAGAACCCUAUUCUUUUUACAGGGACUUGGAAAGGAUGAUAGCAGGAUGCUCUUCAGGAAAUGUGCAUUUGGAAACAUGAAUCCUGCAGAUUAUCCAGAGUUGAAAACAAUUGAGGACCAAAUUGUUGAAAACCUUAAAGGCUCGGCUCUAGCUCUUAAGGUAAUAGGAGGUCAUCUAAGUGGAAAAUACAAUACUCUUGAUUGGAACAGAGUUCUUCAAGAAGGUGUACUCAAUCCAAAUGACAUUAUGACAAUCUUACGGUCAAGCUAUGAAAGUUUGCCAAAAUACCUCCAGCAGUGCUUUGCAUACUGCAGUUUAUUCCCCAAAGGUUAUUGCAUUGAUCCAAAAAGGCUGAUCCAUAUGUGGACAGCUCAGGGGUUUGUUCGCCAAGAUGAAAACAACACCAAUACUACUCUGGAGGAUAUUGGUAGAGGAUAUUUCAAUGGUCUGCUUGAUAGAUCAUUCUUCCAAAUGCUCCGACGUGGGGACCAAGUGCACUAUAUUAUGCAUGAUCUAAUGAGUGAUCUGGCACUUCAUGUUUCUGGGAGUGAAUGCCAUAGGGUUGAACACGGUAGUCAGUUUGAGUUACCCCAUUAUAUUAGGCAUUUGUCUGUUUCUGUGGAACACUUGGAAAAUUUUGUGAAUUGUGAUCGUUUGAGAAGAUUACGCUCACUAAUAGUUCUUAACAAGUCUUGGUUUUGCUUCAAUUUCAAUUUGACUCAUGGUAUACUUUGCAAGCUGAAGGGGGUGCGGGUGCUGGAUCUAAGUGGCUGUUGCAUGAAACGCUUACCUAAUGCUGUGAGCAAUCUCAUUCACCUGCGUUUCCUAGCUAUACAGCGCACAUGUUACACACUACCUAAAUCAAUCUCUCGACUUCGGCAUCUACGGGCCUUGUUUGUGCAGUAUCAUUCAUGUUAUUCAUCUCAAAAGUUUUGCUCUCAGCAAUGUUCCUCACGCAAUUUUUUCAAUCUUAGACGGGGGCAAAGGAACACAUCUGGACGUUAUUUCAGUCUCCCUGAAAGUAUUAACAAACUCAGCAACUUGGUUCAUGUUGAUAUAGAGAGGUCAUAUGCUCUGAUGCUAACAGGCAAGCAUCAACUUCCAUGUGUUGAGGGUUCAGGAGAAUUCCAUGUUGGCAAGAAGGGGCAAAGUAUAGUUGGGCUGGAAGAUCUCAAUGCACUACGUGGAGAGCUUGCAAUUAGAUUGCUGGAGAAUGUGAAAACAGGAGAGGAGGCUGCAAAGGCCCAUCUUGACCUAAAGAAGCACAUAACAAAGCUGGAGCUGGAAUGGGGAUUGGUUGAAAAUGAUGGUGACACUAGCAAUGACUCUAAUUUCGAUGUGCUUAAUGUCCUAAAGCCACACCCUAAUCUUGUUGAUAUUACUAUAAGUGGAUACCCAGGUGCUAGAUCUCCCACUUGGCUAAAUUCUAGUUGGCUGAGCAGUUUACAACUGAUUUGCCUACGUGAUUGUAAAAGAUGGGAGGUACUGCCACCUUUAGGGGAUCUACCAUCGCUGAAAACUCUUGAAGUUCGGAGAAUGAAAGAGUUAAAAGUUCUUGGUCAGGAGUUCUUUGGCCUAAAAGGAUUCCCAUCAUUGGAGAGGCUUCUACUGGAACGCUUGCCCAAAGUAGAAUGGAGUCUAGUAGAGAAUUACCAGUUGUUUCCUGCCCUCAUACAUCUCUCAAUUGCUGGAUGCCCAAGGUUAAGACAAUACCCCACCUAUCUGCGUACCCUCAGACAUAUUGCUAUACUUGAUGAGGAACAAAUCCACUUCAAGGUUUUUAUGGACAACUUUGAACUCACAAGAUCAUUUUGCUGCAUGUUAUCAAGCUUCUUCCAUGUCUUGCAUGCUCAUCACCUAGAGUUUGUGGAAAAUAUGAAGAUCUACGUAGAUCAUUUUGUACACAUUCCUAAGGCAGCUUUCAAUAAUAUGAAAUCACUCAAAGAGCUCACAGUACAUGGCUUAGGACCAUCUUGGGAGAAUACAUACCCCAUAAUUAGCACUCUGUGGGAUGAAAGUGGGGCUACUGCGCUUCCUACAUCACUUCAAUAUCUUGAGCUAUUGAAGUGUCACAUGCGGGCCAGUUCUUUAUCCAAGUUUCUGAGCAACCUCAUAUGCCUUGAUACAUUAUACCUAGGACCUUGUGAAACAGUUGGAAUGCCGUGUCAAUUACCACUAAGUGUGCACCAGUUGAGGACGCUUAGGCGGUUACAUAUAUUUGGCUGUGGCUGGCUAAUUUCACUUGAAGGAUCUGAAGCACUGGUCUCCCUCAAAGAGUUCUUUUUGACCAAUUGUGAUAAUUUGGAGUCUGUACCAGACAUGGAGAACAUGCCAUCCCUCCAAACUUUACGUCUACGGAGUUGCCCCCAAGUGACGCGACUAUGCCAGUCUGGUUGCCACACAGCAUUGCAGGAAUUGAGAAUUGAAUCCUGUGAUGGGCUAGCAUCACUAGAAGAUUUGCAUGACCUUGUUUCCCUUAGAAAGAUGAAAGUUGCAGAAUGCUCAGCUCUCAUAGCACUGCCUGAUAUGGACACCUUUUAUUCUCUAAAGAUUCUGGUCAUUCAUCGAUGCACUCAACUUAGGGUACUGCCGAGGAAUGGUCUUCCUGUAUCACUGGAAGUCUUCUUCCUGAUAGAAGGCCAUCCAUUAUUAGAAAAACAGUUUGAGCAGAAACAUGGUCCUGACUAUAACAAGGUUGCAGCCCUUUCAGGAUGCAUGUGUCGUAAAAAGGAACUUGAAGUAUGGGAGUACUGGAGUAAAUUCUGAAUUGGCAACCAAGCGGAACUUUUACUUUAGGAUAUCAAAGUUUGAUGGCUUCUUGGCGUUUUUGUUGACUCGAGUGGAGAUCAAAGAAUUUUUGAAGAUCAGUGUGGUCAAAGAAUUUGAAGAUCACAAUAGGUUGCACUGGCUUGAGGAGCGAUCUAGUUCUCCAGAUAAACUUGGGUGUCAAAGGGGUAAAUGGCCGGCGUCCCUGCGUUUAUGCUGCUGUUCCUGCGGAAAAGUUCCAACUGCAUGCUAAGGUUUCGUUUUCCAUGUGGCAUGUUACUGAAAAGAUGCACCUUUUGGUUUCUGAAAUAUGCAAAAAUUUGCCUAUGAUUCAAUUGGCAAAAUGCAACAAUGAUCUCAGUAACAUGUCUAUCAUGCUGGUCCACAUGUAUAGUUGAUGUGCACAUAUAUUACAGAUCGCAGCUGUCUAAACAACUGCUCAUGCUCUCGACUUUAAUUAAUAAUUAAUAUUUUCUCGUCUAAUCAUACAUGAGCAGAAGUGCUAUGUUUAUGUGCC